AUGCAACAAGAUAGCACAGAUGCACUGAAGGAAAAGUUGUGCAAAGCACAACAACAAAGAGAUGAAGCAUUGGAAGAACUUUCAGACUUGAAGGUUAAACAUCAAAAGCUUGUUAGCUUCAUUGAAGAAAAAGCCAAGAAAAUUUAUGAAGCUGAUCUGAGAAAUGUGAAAAAUGAUAAGGAUGUUGUUGAUUUAUUUGUUGAAACCUUGCAAGAAAUCAUUUCAUUAAACAAAGAAUUACAAAGUGAGGAUGAGUGUGAUGAUGAUGAGAAGGAGGAGGAGCAAGGUGAGAAAGGUGAGACAAGUGGAAAAGCUGGUGAUGUGGAUGACAGUGAUGAUGAUGAUGAGGAAGGUCAGGAAGGCAAUAGAAGUGGAAAAGCUGAUGAUGUGGAUGACAGUAAUAAGGAUCAGGAGGAGGAGGGUGAUGAGGAUGAGGAGGAUGGUGGUGGCAAAGGUGGUGGAAAAGGUGGCGAUGAUUAG